GCAACGUCAACGUCAGCUACUGCUCUGAUUGUAAGUUAUUUACUCUGCUGCCUUAAUCCUAUCCGUACUUUCUUCAAUUAUAUCACUGUAUAUCUUGCGAGAGAAAGAAGGCUUCUUUGUGCCCGCGUUUCGUCAAGUUGCGACAUUCCCAUCAUAGCUACAGCUAUCUCUUCCCUUUCAGCAGCUAAUUCAGGACCCAGCCUCAGAACCCCAGGUCCUUUGAUUCAGUAGUAGUUGCAGAGCUCGGUCUAAAAGAAGACUGCCAUACUUUUCGCAAAGCGACGCCUGAGUUUAGUGCGGCAACAAACAAAAUGAACGUCAUUAAAUUACAAAGGAAAUAUCCUCAGUUCCAGCAAGACGAAAUCUUUGGCUUGCAAGAUGCUUUUCGCAAGCUCGACGUCGAUGAUAAGGGCUACUUGGAUGAAGCUACAGUAAUCAAAGCCACGCAGCAGUCGGAGAGGCAACCCUACGACGUUGUGCGCCAAGCAUUGAAGGAGGUUGAACUGGACAGCUCCCGAAGAGUAGAACUUGAUGAUUACGUGGACCUCAUCUCGAAGGUGCGAACCUCCCAGCGUGCGCCGCCAAGCUCAACUCCAACUGCUGCACCAGGCGCUUUGCCUGCGCGCGGACAUGGCGCAAAGGGCAGCGUGAGCGGCAAAAUCCAAGUACAAGGAUCAUCGUCGAACGUGACGCAUACCAUCAACGAGGACGAACGUACAGAAUUUACUCGCCACAUUAAUGCUGUGCUGGCGGGUGACCCCGACGUGGGCCACCUCUUGCCCUUCCCCACUGACACCUUUGAGAUGUUUGACGAAUGCAAAGACGGUCUGGUUUUGGCAAAGUUGAUUAAUGACAGCGUGCCCGACACAAUCGACGAACGAGUACUCAACCGCCCGAGCAAGAAGCUGAAGGCACUUAACGCAUUUCACAUGACUGAAAACAAUAACAUUGUCAUCAAUUCAGCCAAAGGCAUUGGUUGUUCAGUUGUGAACAUUGGCAGUGGGGACAUCAUCGAGGUCAGGGAACACCUAAUCUUGGGUCUUAUCUGGCAAAUUAUUCGCCGCGGACUGCUUGGAAAGAUCGACAUCAAGUUACACCCAGAGUUGUAUAGACUACUGGAAGAGGAUGAGACUCUUGAACAAUUUCUCCGCUUACCGCCAGAACAAAUUUUGCUGCGGUGGUUUAAUUACCAUUUGAAGAACGCAAAAUGGGAUCGAAGAGUUUCUAACUUUUCGACCGACGUCAAGGACGGGGAAAAUUACACGGUCCUUCUCAAUCAGCUGGCCCCAGAUCUGUGCUCUCGCGCACCUCUGCAAACCCGGGACCUUCUUCAACGCGCUGAGCAGGUGCUGGAUAACUCCGAUAAGCUUGACUGCCGCAAGUUCCUCACCCCUACCUCUCUGGUUGCCGGUAAUCCAAAGCUAAAUCUUGCUUUCGUUGCCAACCUGUUCAAUACUCAUCCUGGUCUGGAUCCGAUCACUGAGGAAGAGAAGCUUGAAGUUGAAGACUUUGACGCUGAGGGCGAGCGUGAAGCGCGUGUCUUCACGCUGUGGCUCAACUCCUUGGAUGUGCAGCCGGCGGUCAAUUCGCUCUUUGAUGACCUACGGGACGGCACCGUCUUGCUGCAAGCCUAUGACAAGGUUAUUCCAGGCAGUGUUAAUUGGCGCCAUGUCAACCGCCCGCCAGCCUCAGGUGGAGAGAUGCUGCGCUUCAAGGCUGUCGAGAACACAAACUAUGCGGUCGAGCUUGGAAAACAGAAUCGCUUCUCGCUCGUCGGUAUUCAGGGUGCCGAUAUCACUGACGGACAGCGCACACUUACACUGGGUAUGGUAUGGCAGCUUAUGCGUAAGGACAUCUCAGAGACACUGUCAGCGCUUGCACAACGCCUGGGCAAACGCGAGAUUUCGGACUCUGAAAUGGUCAGAUGGGCAAAUGAAAUGUCGCACAAGGGCGGCAAAUCAUCUUCAAUUCGCUCGUUCAAGGAUCCAUCGAUCGGUACCGGUCAUUUCUUGCUGGACGUGCUGAAUGGCAUGAAGAGCUCAUACGUCGAUUAUGACCUUGUCGCUCCUGGCCGAACCGACGAUGAAGCCUAUGCCAAUGCGAAGCUCGCCAUCAGUAUCGCCAGAAAGAUGGGCGCGACGAUCUGGCUGGUGCCUGAAGAUAUUUGCCAGGUCCGAUCGAGGCUGGUUGUUACAUUUAUUGGAUCGCUUAUGGCUACACACGAGAAGAUGUCAUAGGCAUGGAAGCCACGCUAUAUGUAAAGCGAAUUAUCCGUUUUAAAACUGUAGUGUAGAUGAUAUUUGCGAUACGGACGCUGUUGAAUCCUACCUAGUAUCAUAAUCAUUCAAAUUAUGUAACCUGCUAUUUUCAAAUUUGCCAGUUCGAAGUUAAUCUAAUGAUUACAUACCCUGGCUAGCAAAAAGGUGGAGAAUAAUGCUCCCCUGUACCUCCGUAGUUUAUGACUUGAAGAUAGAGUAGAUCCUCGGUUAAACUUGGGCACUACGACAGCGAUCUUUUUAGCAAGCGGAUAACUGUGCUAUCGAUAUGUUAGAUUAUUUCAGUGAACGUGUUUCUUACGUUGACCUGUUUCCGUUUGGUUUCUUUCUCUUCAUGUUACAAUAUCUUAAUUCCCCCGUAUCAAAGUCUUGGAUACAGCGCAGAUAUCACGCC